UCUCUUGUACAAUACAGACACUGAGAGUUGUUAGAAGAACAGAGACUUAUAUGUCGAAUUCUGCAGGUAAUUUGUUAAAUAAUCAUUCUCUGGUCUGUGAAUGAACGUCAUGCCAUCGGUCUGUACUUUUGCCUCCUUACUACCACUAGCUCCAUGCACUUAGUACCACCGUGUACCACUCCGUAUCCGUACCCCCAGUCCAGCCUUUUUCCUUUACAUUCCUUUACAUCUUUUUGGCCGAUAUGGAAUACUAGUCCAUUUAUUGGAUACAGUCGAGAUACAUUAUCCCCCAAUUGCAAUGAAUCCGAAUAUAACCUCGUGAUAGUCGCCAUUGCGGACCCACGGUUACCAGCUUGUUGCUUUCUGUAUCGGAGUACUAUGGGACUAGUAGCACGGGAUCUACCCAGGACGCUUGUAACGUUGAUAGCCACUGUCCACGGAUCGCCCCGGGCAAGCAGUUGUGACGUUGUGUGGACAAGUCGCAUUGGCUCAAGAGGCGGGGGAAAAAGACUCUUUGGAACGACUCCGGUUGAUGUAUCAAUGAACCCUGGUUUUAAUGCACGCGAUUAUAAGGAUUGUUUGCUAUCAGAGCUGGUUCCAAGUCUCUUUUGAUUUACCCUUACCCCUCUUCUCUGCACCGGUUCUUCAUGCACUCCCCGGCGAAUGGCCCGCGCUCCGGCAUUCCAUGCACAUAAUACAAGUAGCAUAA